AUGUAUGCGUUAGGUCAACUGUCAGCCCCUUGUUCGUGUCGCCUCCUUUCGCACCAGACUCUCCUCUGGCACCACCGCCUUGGUCACCCCUCCCUGCCACGCCUCCGUGGCAUGCACUCCCGCCUCCUUGUCUCUGGCCUUCCCAGGUCUCUGCCCCCCCUCCCGCGCUCGCCUGCCCCGCCCUGCCUUCCUUGCGUCGAGGGGCGGCAGCGCGACGCUCCUCACUCCUCCUCGUUUCCCCCGAUGACUGCUCCCCUGCAGACUCUCCACAUGGACGUGUGGGGCCCAGCCCGCGUCAGUGGACAGGGCCGUGAGCGGUACUUUUUGCUGGUUGUUGACGACUACUCGCGUUACACCACGGUCUUCCCCUUGCGCAACAAGGGUGAGGUCCCUGCUGUCCUGAUCCCUUGGAUCCACGCUGUUCGUCUCCAGCUCCGCGAGCGGUUCCGCACGGACUUUCCUGUCCUGCGUCUGCACUCUGACAGAGGUGGUGAGUUCUCCUCCGACCUCUUGCGGGACUUUUGUCACAGGGAAGGCAUCCUCCAGUCGUUCACGCUUCUGGCCUCCCCGCAGCAGAAUGGGAUUGCUGAGCGCCGCAUUGGCUUAGUCAUGGAGGUCGCUCGUACCUCCAUGAUCCAUGCGGCUGCUCCCCAUUUUCUGUGGCCGUUUGCGGUCCGGUACGCUGCGCAUCAGCUCAACCUCUGGCCCCGUGUCUCCUUGCCGGAGACCUCGCCCACCCUGCGUUGGACGGGGGAGGCUAGCGAUGCGUCGCGGUUCCGGGUCUGGGGUUUCCGUGCCUUUGUCCGCGAUACCACCGCGGACAAGCUCUCCUCUCGCGCCAUUCCCUGCGUCUUCCUUGGCUUUCCCCCUGACGCGCCUGGCUGGCAGUUUUACCACCCCACCUCGCGCCGUGUCUUCACGUCCCUGGACGUCACCUUUGACGAGUCGGUUCCCUUCUACCGUCUCUUCCCCUACCGCACUGCCCCUCUUCCCCCCCCGCCAUUCUUCCUCGCUCCAGGUCCCCCUCUGGUAGACCCCCUCCCCCCUCAGGGUCCUGCUCCUUCAGGUGUGUCUCAGGUAGACCCACUUCCCUUGGCUGAGCCUGUCGAGGUCACUGGUGACUCAGGUGCUGCUGGGGGUGGUCCUGCUCGGGGUGCUGCGCCUGGGGGUACUGAGCCUGAGCGUGCAGAGCCUGGGGGUGCGGAGCCUGGGGGUGCUGAGCCUGAGUGUGUGGAGCCUGGGGGUGCUGAGCCUGCGGGUGCGGAGCUUAGGGGUGCUGAGUCUGGACGUGUUGGGCCUAGGGGUGCUGCGUCUUCACUACGGGAGCCUCUCUCACCACAGCAGCUGCGUGAGUGGCUUGCUCGACGCUCCCGCCUUCGGAGUGGUGCUGCUGGAGCUGGAGGCGCCGGAGCUGGAGGCUUUGGCGCUGGCGCUGCUGGUCCUGGAGGUGCUCACACUGGAGGUACUGGAGCUGCCGGGGCUGGUGGUGCUGCUAGUCCUGGAGGUGCCGGAGGUCCUGCUGGAGCUGGAGGUACUGAGGGUAUUGGAGCUACUAGUCCUGGAGGUCUUACAGGUGCCUCGCCACCGCAGUCUAGUCGGCGAGAGCCUCUCUCACCACAGCAGCUGCGUGAGUGGCUUGCUCGACGCUCCCGCCUUCGGAGUGGCGCUGCUGGAGCUGGGGGCGCCGGGGCUGGAGGCUCUGGAGCUGGAGCUGCUGGUCCUGGAGGUGCUCGUACUAGAGGUACUGGAGCUGCCGGGGCUGGUGGUGCUGCAGGUACUGGGGGUGCUGGAGCUGCUGGUCCUGGAGGUGCUCGUACUGGAGAGCUGCUGGUCCUAGAGGUGCUCGCACUGGGGGUACUGGUUCUGCUGAAACUGGAGCUGCAGGAGUUGGUGGUGUUGCAGGCUCGGGAGCUGGUGGCGCUGGCGCUGGAGGCGCUGGGGCUGGAGGUGCCGGAGCUGGAGGCACUGGCGCUGGAGGCGCUGGAGCUGGAGGUGCUUCAGCUGGAGACACUGGCGCUGGAGACACUGGGGCUGGAGGCGCUGGAGCUGGAGGUCCUAGAGCCGGAGGCACUGGAGCUGGAGGCGCUAGAGCUGGAGGCGCUGGAGCUGGAGGUAAUGGGGCGGGAGGCACUGGAGCUGGAGACACUGGAGCUGGAGGCGCUGGAGCUGGAGGUACUGGAGCUGGAGGCCCUGGAGCUGGAGGCGCUGGCGCUGGAGGCGCUGGAGCUGGAGCUGUCCGAGCUUCCGCCCGAGUCGGUGCUCCGCCAGGUUCUUAGUCUUCCUUCGUCCACUGCCCUUCCUCCUGGCUCGCCGCUGCCUGUCCCGUCGAGUUACACUGAGCAGCCGGUCUCCCUUACAGAGCGUCGUGAGCCUGCGUCUCGUCCUGUCUCCCCUGUUCGCGCUGUUCGCACCGCUCGUCGUGUCCCGCGUCCGCGUCCUCCUCCUGUGCCAGGCACUCACUACAUGGCACUUCGUCCUUCCUCUGCUCCACAGCGUGUCCCUCUGCCGUCUCCUCCUGCGUCCUCUCUUCCUGAGAUUCCUGACCCUGAGUCUGACCGUGUUCGUGCUGCCAGCCCUACUGUCACGCGUCUCCUGGCUACUGUUGUCACUGACCCGUCGCUUCAGUCCACUGCUGCGUUUGCCUUAGUUGCUGAGCUUGUCGACUUUGCUGCUGCGUGUCGUCUAGACUACGCCGCCAGUCUUGUUGCAGAGUCUGAGUCUGUCUGUCCUCUGUCCGUCGGGGACUCGGAUGCACUGGACAUCCCGACCCCGCGCUCUUACGCGGAAGCGAUUUCGGGUCCCUACUCCUCUCAGUGGCAGACAGCCAUGGACGUAGAGAUGGCAUCUUGGAAGUCCACAGGCACCUACGUCGACGAGGUUCCCCCUCCUGGGGCGAACAUAGUCGAUGGCAUGUGGAUUUUCAGGGUGAAGCGGCCGCCGGGUUCUCCGCCUGUCUUCAAGGCUCGUUACGUUGCACGAGGUUUGAGUCAGCAGCGGGGAGUUGAAUUCUUCCAGACCUUCUCCCCUACCCCGAAGAUGACCACUCUUCGGCUGCGCCGCCCACCUGGCUUCACUGGGUCGUUCCCUCCUGGUACCCAGUGGAGCCUCCGGCGGCCAGUCUACGGUCUCCGCCAGGCGCCUCGUAAGUGGCACGACACACUGAGGACAACACUUGCGGCUCUUGGGUUUGCUCCCUCCACUGCUGACCCGUCGCUGUUUCUUCGCACCGACACUUCUCUGCCGCCGUUCUACAUCCUCGUGUACGUCGACGACUUGGUCUUCGCCACUGCUGACACUAAGGCACUCGCCCUUGUGAAGUCGGAGCUGCAGACAGCAGGGCUGUAG